GGUGAAUAGUGAAUACAUUUGAGAAGUGGAUUUUCAGUUAAGGUGUCUACGAUUCUAGGUCACUGAUGUUUUCUAAAAACCAAUCUGAUGGAUCGAGGCGGUUGCUCGAGAAAAAAAUGUACCUCGUAGGUUAAAACCAAAUGCUACCUAAAAUGAGAAAUUCAAUUGAAACUGAUGGCAUUGAUUUCAAUAUAAACGAUUUGUCGAUUUAUAAAUCGUUACAUUAAUGUAGCUCAAGCAACCAGUAAAAGGGAAAUAAAGGCUAAUAAGAGGAAACAAAAUGUGAAUUCCGUUAGAAAAUCAAGGAGAAACGCAUAAAAAUAAUGCGGGAUUUCUCCUUUUUGUCGCUGUCUGUCUGAAAUACGGCCGAUCAUUCGAAUGAUCUCCUUUUCGUCUAGUCCCAAGUGUCUCAUAUGUUCACCUUUAUUUCCAUCGUAUAACACGAUGACUGCUGUCGAAUACAUUAAAAAAUGAUACAUGGAUUGAGAUAUUUAUGAACGAGAAAUAACAUCAUAGUUUAUUGGGAGAUCAACAACUGUUGAUCUGUCUAUUGAUGGACAGAUGCUCGUUACGUAUUUUAAUUGUAAGUUCAGUGUACCAUUAUCAUUUACGACGAUCAAAAUAAGUUACAGAUGAUGGACUAUUUAUGUCCUCACUAAUAAGUGCAUAUGAAAUCGGACAGGCCCUCACGAAGUACGCUUCAUUAGUUCCAACGUGUCACGUGCACGUCAGAAAGUCAGUUCAUCAAAAAAAAACGGUGAGACUAUGCUUUGUGGACAACCUGUGAUCGACGCUGAAGUGACCCUGAGGAUUCUCAUUUAUUAACUAGGACUAAAUAACUUAUAAAGCAGUUUGAGGAAUUAGAACUAUAGGUUACAGUUGAUAAUUAGGAACUAGGUUUAGAGUUUUCAUCACGAACUGACAUCAGCUAAAAUGCCAAGGCGCUAUAUAGCUAGAUGGGCAAAUGAAUUUCACGCCAAGACCUGUUAUCAUAUAUCUUACUGGUUCGUCCAUAAAUUAUAGUCUGGACGAAAAAAGCUUCACUAAAAAUUAAGUUUAACACAAGAAAAUUUCAGCAAUAUCGCUUUUCCUAUGCUGUGUUGCUAUGACGAAUCAAAAUAAUCCUCUUGUGAAUUCUGAAAUUUAGUAAACGCAUGGUGUCGUGGUAUGAAAUUAAGCUGUACAGGACUGUCAUCUGUUGGUCCGUCACGACUCUUUAGUUGGGGUCCUAAAAUUGGUGCAACACAGUGGCUUGAGACGUUAUCAGAUAUGAUUCAGGAUAGAAUCCAACGGCUAUCCUUCUGCGAUUUUCAUUCACUUCAUAAAAAUGAGUGUAACGUCCCUAAUUAAUAGAACUUUCUGGUUAUAUUUUUCCUAACUGAUCUGCCUCCUAUGAUAAUGUAAUAAUAAUUAUUAUUGUCUUUUCAAACCCUCAUUUUUAUUGUAUGGUGCAUGUGUAUUUGGUGCCCCCUUGUACCAAAGUUAAGGUGUUCAAAUAAAUAAAUAAAACAUUCACCUAAUUAAAAUCAUCGUUUGAACUUCAGACAAAUGGUUUCUUCAUACUUAUCAGAAAAGCAGUGGCUCAGUAGUCGGGGUGUUGAACUCAGCCACUAUGUAGUCUGUACCAACGCUACUCCCAUCUAUUUCGGUUCGACUGACUGGGUACUAUCACUACUAACCCUCACACUUAGAAUUUAGCUUCAAGUCAAGUAUACAAGCCUGUACCUGGUAAAUGAAUUGAUAAUAAUCUAUCAUACUUAUAAAUUUUCCUUGUUGACUUGAAUACCUUCCUCCUUUUAUAUGUACUUUCUGUGUUGUACUAUUUGUAAGUGUAGUGAUUUGAACUCAAUGUAUUUCUUAUUAAGCUAUGUACGUGGAGAAUACGUUUGAGAUAUUAGAAAUAUUUGUUCGAAUUUUUUAAAAUUAGGCUGCCAGUUUUCUAAGUGUGUUUUUAUUUCUUAGUAUUUCGUAAUAUAUUUACAAAUAUUUUCUUUUUGAGAUUGUAUACCUAUUCUAUUUUCUAUAUCUGUAUAAAUUUUAGGCUCGAGAACGUCCAGAUGAUAUAUUUGAUCUGUCUUCGUGUGAACUUAAAAUGGUAAUAUAUAUACUUUAUAUUUGAUAGGAUUACAAUUAAUAUUUAGAUUCCUGAAGGAACUUUUUCACUUUUUAAAGUUUUACUAAAAACAAAAUUAUAUUUACAACAAAAUUCCUUACAAAAACUUGAUUCUGGUGGUAAACUAACAUAUCUUCAAAAUAUUGUACUGCUUGAUAUAAGUUCAAAUGAAUUUCAACAAUUACCUAAUAAUAUUUCUGAGUUGAAAUGUUUACAGGUAAUAUUUUGAUUAUAUUGUUUCCGGUAAAAUUAAUAGCCUAAAAUUAUAUGUUUAGGUUUUAAAUGCUUCAAAAAAUCUAUUAUCAACAUUACCAUCUACCAUCACAUCUCUUUCUCAACUUUUAUUUCUUAACAUUGAAGGUAAAUUGAAGUAUAAAGAUUUUCACGAUAAUUUUACGCUAUACUAUUUUCUCCCAGUGUUGUUCACACAUGUCCUUAGUGAUAUUCUUCCUUGUGUGUAUAUGGGUUUUAUGUUUUCCCGUUGUUGAUAUUCGAGAUUACAUCUAACCAAUCUCUGUUGAUAUGUUUGUUCCUUGAGUGAAUACCUUGAUAUUUUCUGUGACUACAAGUUAAUUGUAAGCAUUUUAGAUAAUGCAUAGUAUUGAGCUCAGGUCCCAUCUGAUUUGAGGUUGCAUCUCAGUAUUUUUGUUUACACAGAUGCGAAACCAAGCAUUUGUCGCUUGAAAAGUUAACUUACUAUCAAUUUAGUGACAGUCACUGCAACUUUUAACUUAUACGGUGGAUAUAACGUUGUUUAUUAUUACUUCCUUCUUUCGUUCUCAUUAAGUAAGAUUAUAAACGAAUAUUUCAGGUUAAGUAAAUAUUGUUCCACUAACUUAACAAAAUGUUCGAUACUCAAUAAUGAACUGUAGAUUUGUAAGCAAACUUUCACUCAAUAUUCAUUGUACUUAAAAAUAUUUCAGUUGUUUUUAAUUAAAUAAAUCUUAUUUUUCCUAAAUAUUGAUUGUUUUAUGGUCAAAAAUCGUUUGAACCGCAUUAAAACAAUAAUAUUCAGGGAACCAAUCAAAUUUAAGAUGACGUCUAUUAGAGUGUGUUCAAAAUACAAAACGCAGUGAAAGAUAACAUAUAUCUUACUGAAAAGCAAGUAAAAUUGUCUAUACUCAGUUUCCCAAAUACUUGAAACUGUUAAAAGUAUCUUUUGUGCGACUAUGUAGUGAAUGCAAAGUGGAGUGUACGCUGAAUUACAAGAAACACAUGCUCCUAAUGCAGACUAUCUGAAUGUAAUUAAAGUGAUCCAAAACAUAGAGAAACGUGUUUUAGGGGUAAACAAACUCUCUAACUCUAACAAUCUUAACCCUUAACUUAAUCCUCAUUGCUAACUCCCAGUCUUAACACUCUUAACCCGGACUUCUAACAAUAACAUUCCUAAUAGUAACUCACGACUCCUACCUGGGCUCCUAUUUUUUAAUCCUAACAGAUUCUUGUUUAUUUAUCAUAUUAAAGUUGUUUAUCCCAUUGCAAUUUUAUUACUGUUCGUCACAAAUUGCUUCAAAACUAAACACUUUUCUGGUUGCGUAAUAAACCGCUCAAGGUCGUAGUUAUAACAUCGUUUACUCAGAAAUCUUUUACUUUCAAGAUAUAAGAAACAAAAAUAUAUUCACAUUUUGUCAAGAAAAUUUAUUUUAAUUAUUCUACAGAUAAUCGUCUUACUGAAUUACCAUCAGAUUUUGGGAAAUUACAACAUAUUACUAAACUUUAUUUGAAAAAUAAUCCUUUGUCAUCUUUACCUAAACAAUUGUGCUAUUUGAAAGAUUUGAAAGAAUUAACUCUUUCCUGCGAUCAUAUACAAUAUCCUACUUCAGAUAUAUGUAAACUGGGACUGACAGCAAUAAUGGAUUAUUUAUCUCAAGAAGAAGGAAUGAAAUGUUAUAAUGUUGUUGUAAAUCAUGAAAAUGUGGCUAGUAAUUACACUUCCACAAAUAAGAAUAAUACUUUUAAUCAAACGAAUGAACAAAAUAUGCAAAGUUGUUCCAACAAUACAGCAACACCAUCAUCAUCAUUAACUAAUUAUACUAAAAAACGAAACGAAGAAAAUCUUCUAGCCUUAGAAUUAGAACGUCAAUCAUUGGAAAGUCGUUGGACCGAACAAGAAUUAAAUGCUAAAUUGAAUCAAAAUAAACAAAUACUUGUACAAUUAGCAGAAGAAGAAGCACGUGUUUGUGCUGAAUUAUCUGCUAUACAAGAUAAACGAAAACAACAACGUUCCGCAUUAAUUUCUAAUGUUGCACUAGCUGAACAGAAUGCUGCUGAUAUAAUCAAACAAAUACUGACAAUUAAUAAAUCAGCAAAGUUGAUAGAGAAGAUGGAAGAUGUGUUCAAUGCACAUCAGUUUAGUUCUACUGAUUAUACAGCUUUGUCACAAUCGAAACGGAAAGAAAUCCUAGCUUCAAUGCAAGAAAUGCUGUCAAUUACAGACAAUGCUUAUGCAGUUCAUACAAUGAAUUUGAAUUCAACUAAACUUCACAGUCUUUCAAAUAAUAAAGAUUCCACUAAUGAAUAUGUUGAACAAGUUUUAGCGAAUAAACGUGCUGAUCAUACAAAAUUAACCUUUAAUCUUAUGCUAGAGGAAAGUGUUCAAAAAGAAGCUUUUGCUCAGUUACAACGUCAAAAAGAUGGUCAAGUUGCAAGAUUACAAAAAGAGAUAUGCUUAGUAGAAGAAGAACUUUGCCGGCUUACUUUAGCUGAACGGUCACGUGUUAAUCAGCGUACUGAGGUUAAUCAACGUGUUCUUGAUGAGUGUAGAUCUGAACUACUACAAUUGUUAACUCAAUUAAUGGAUGAACAACAAGAUCGUCAAAAGGAAUUACGAAAACGUUUGGAGGAAAUCGAACAACAAAAGAAAGACGAUCAAUUGGACUUUUGGUUAGUUCAAUAUCAACGUGUAUUAAAUUCAAAACCUGUCAAAUUACUUGAUAAGCCCGACUCAGAUGUUCAAAUAAUUCUUAGUAAUGCACAAUCUUUGGAAUUUCUGCCUAAUUUUCAACGACAUGCUAUUACUUAUUCAAUUAUGCAAUCUAUGACAGAUAGUGAUCUUAAAGAAAUUGGUAUUCACACUCUUGGAGCACGUCGUGAGAUUUUGAGGCAGAUUGGUUUGUACAAAAUGAAAACAAAUGAUGAAGACAAGACGUUAAAUACGAUAGAAUCACUUCCAACACCGUAUGUAACACCAUCAGCUCCGGAGGCUACAUUAUCGAGUAUUGUUGUAUCUGACGAAGUUGUGGCUCGUAUGGAAAAUGAGUGUUGUAUAUGUCAAGACGCAAUAUGCUCAACGAUAUUCCUUCCAUGUGGUCAUGUCUGUUGUUGCAAGAAAUGUUCUGAAAGUGUUCUUGAUUGUCCACUGUGUCGUUCCAACAUACACAAUCGAAUUCAAUUACAUUUCUGAUUGUGGUAAAACUAGGUAAAGGAAUUUUUCUGCUAUCAAUCAAUUUUUGAUGCCAUAUAUAUAGAACGCAGCAUAGUCCAGAAAAUUUAACUUCUCUUAACAUUUUUAGAACUUUCAGUGAUUUGCUAAUCACAUAAACUUAUAUUACAUAAUUAUGCACAGGAUUUUUAAAACUGGAUGUACUAUUUAUUAUUUUUAAUUAACAUGCAUCUAUCCACAGUAUAACUUUC